AUGGUAGCCAACUCCGGGGCACAAUCAUCUUCUUCGACGCAAGCCUCGUCUUUCUUCGCCAAACGUGAGUCCAACGUGGGAAAGUCGCUAUCUCCCAAGUACAGUGUCAUCUUUCCAACCCCAGAGGAAAUCCGUGCUUCCCUUGACGGCUACGCAUCUGGUGGGUCAAUUCAUUGGAAACUCCAAUCAGCGCAGCAGCAGAAACAGUUGGAGUACAUGCAUCCGAUGCUGUGCCACUGGAGUCACGCGUCUUCUUCGUCGACAAAAGACUCAGCAAGGCAAGAAGCGCAUCGUGGCUUGGCAGCACCACAUAUCAAAACCUACGUACGUUUCAGUGACGAAGAGCACAAAACCAUCGACUGGGCAAUGGUGACGAGCGCAAACUUGAGCAAGCAAGCAUGGGGCGAUGUUGUGAACAAGAAAGAUGAGAUCUGGAUACAGUCGUGGGAGGCGGGGGUUGUCGUCUGGCCUGCUUUAUAUGCCCAGGCACAGGACGAAGUCGCCAUGGUCCCUGUCUUUGGGAACGAUAUGCCUGGUCCCGAGAGUCUCAAUGCUCACGAUGAUGGCAGCGGAGGAACGGCAGCUGAAGAGAAGAACAUGGUUAAGCCGAGGACAGUCGUGGGUUUCCGCAUGGCUUACGACUUACCACUUCGUCCCUACACGGCUGAUGAGAGGCCUUGGUGUGCUACUAUGCAAUACAUGGAACCAGACAGAAACGGGCACGUCUGGGCCGGCUAUGGACGUUGA